UAUUAUAGUACUGUCUUUGGGAUGCGGCUCUACUGCGCAUGCGCCGGAGCGCUUCAAACGCCGCUAGUGGACUGCUGCAGCCGCGUGGAAACACUGCACAGCGCACACCUCACUCAGUUCAUAACGCGAAGGUGGCGAGCCCGAAUCAGUGCUUUUUUUGAUCUGUCCUCCUCCAUCGUUCUCAAACUGGUUUAUUCACCAUAUUCACGCCAUGGCCAACAAAGAGGAGAAAGCUGACGAGAAACAGUCCAGUUGGAAAGAUUUCAUCUACAACCCACGGACGGGGGAAUUCAUCGGACGCACCGCGAGCAGUUGGGCUCUUAUAUUCCUCUUUUAUCUGGUCUUCUAUGGCUUCCUGGCGGGAAUGUUCAGUCUCACCAUGUGGGUGAUGCUACAGACGCUGGAUGAGCACACUCCCCGAUACAGGGACCGAGUGGCCAGUCCAGGGCUGAUGAUCAGGCCGAGGUCCUUGGAAAUUAAAUUUAACCGAUCAAUUCCCCAGCAAUACAGCAAGUACAUGCAGCCCCUGGAGUCGUUCCUGCAGCCGUACAAUGACUCUCUGCAGGAGGCGAACGAGCCCUGUCCCGAGGGUAUGUACUUUGAGCAAGACGAUGUUGAGGAGAAGAAGGUUUGCCAGUUCAAGAGAAGUGUGCUACGACAGUGCUCUGGACUGGCUGAUAGCAAUUUCGGUUAUUCCGAGGGUCAGCCAUGCAUCCUAGUCAAGAUGAAUCGAGUGAUUGGGCUUAGGCCACGAGGAGACCCGCAUAUCAACUGCAUUGCCAAGAGAGAAACUCCCCUGCAGAUGCAGUAUUUCCCCACUGAGGGCAAACUCGACAAGAGUUACUUCCCCUAUUAUGGCAAGACAUUGCAUGCAAACUACGUCCAGCCAGUGGUAGCCGUGAAGCUGCUUCUGACGGAGGACGACUAUAACUCGGAGCUCGUCAUCGAGUGCAAGGUGGAGGGUUCAGACCUGCUCAACAGCGACGACCGCGACAAGUUCCUGGGCCGCGUCACCUUCCGCGUCCAAGUGUCCAAGUAGCCUAGAUCAUUCACCGGAGACGCACGAUGUCGGUUCCUCUCACGCAAACCCUUCUCACGUUCAUCACGUCCAUAUCACACACACCUCGUCCCCUCUGUGGCGUCCCAAGAGUUUAAUCAGGGCCAAGUUCAGAACUUGUCCUGGAUUCAAGUGCAGCUGGAUGCACACAGACCUUCACUGGCUCUGCGUUACGAACGGGUCAGGGAUGGAAAAGUGCAUGUGUGUGGAGGUUAAUGAAGGUUUUAGGACUUCAUUCAUUGAUUCACCCAUUUAUCAUAAAACAAACCACUGGAAAUAAAAUUCAAAGGUAAAAAAAACAGACGCCGCCUCAUACAAGAGAAGCUAGUCAUCGUGUAGUCGGUAUAGGGACCUGUAAAUAGAUGCAUCAACACAUCAUGUGGAGGUGGUCUGCUCCCCUCAUAGUACUGUUUAGCCUGCCGUGUGUGUGAUGUGAAGCCUCUGUGUACAUAUUUAAUGGAUUUUAAACACUCUUUUUCUCUGUCAUUGCUCUCACGUCGUCUGACUGCUGUAAGAAAUCAAGAGUAUGAAAUUAUAUAAUAGCUGUAAUUUAAGAUUAUUGAGAAGUG